AUGAUCAUGAACUUACGACCGCAGCACGAGAAGCUUCUAAGAGAAAUUUAUAAGAGAGACGGGUCAGUGGAUGAGCAGAAGCUGUCGUUCUUUAAACAUUAUCUGCAGCAGAAACCCAUGAAAAUCUCAGAAACCAUUAAUAUACUAAAGGAUUACACAAAGAAGUAUGCACAGUCAAAUCAGUUUGAAAAGCAUCUAACUACGCUUGUGAUAUCUUCUCAUCUAGUUCAAGACUAUUCUAUGUUCUGCGCGUCCUUUGAGGUGGCUGCCUUAAAGCUUAUCAAGACCCACCUAAAGGUUAUCUUGCGGAUUAUGAAAAAAGGUCCGCAGGCGUGCCCUGCUGGAUUCAUUGAUAUAUGCUGCCAGGAGAUAAAAAGAUGCUUUGUUUUGUUUACAUAUGCAGGAACGCGGUGCUCUGAGGCAGAAAGUCUUACCUCCCAGAUAUUUUUUGCUAUUUGCAGUGCAAUAGACAGUGGGUUUAUCUCAGAGAAAAGAGAGAAAAUGGAGAUUUCAGAGAUAUACGAAAGAAUAUCCCAGGUGUAUGCAUGCAACUGGAGCACUCUAUCAACAAUUAACAUAAAGAAAAAAGAAUGCACAGAGGAUGAAAGAAUGUCCAAUAUAAAGGACCCAGACGAUGAGUCAUACAGCACAGAUGCAACGGCCUCAUAUAACUUUGCAGAAAUGUCCUAUAACUACACAGACGACAAAACUUCUUCUUCCUCUUCCAUAUUCCCGUUGCUGGAGAAAGGAGAGGGCGAAAAGGCGCUUGAUAGGGCAGAGGAGGUUGAAGACCCGCAGCAGGACACACUGUACAAUCCAGACGCCAGCCGAAUCCAGGAACUGUCUAUACGAAACAGCACAUCUGAAAGCGUCAGAAAGGAGUUUAUUACAGGGAAUGGUUUUAUUGUCAAGUCCGAUAGCAUGGGGCGUGCAGAGUUUAAUGAUAUGUUUCUGCUUACUCUUCUUUCUAUGAUUAUUAAGGCAGCUGGUCUAUUAGUGCGACACCCAGAGAAGAAAAUAUUCAGCUUAAACCGCGCGCUGAUUAAGGCAGCAUCCUUUAACAGGGAAAUCCGGCAGGACAUAUUCAGCACGUACUUCCAUCUUCUUGCGCCAGCGUCUAUCCUCUCUACAGUGGUGCACCAGGCCUUAGAGAUAGCAAGUGAAAGAGAGAUUGACAACAUGCACAGUAUUAUAUACUAUUAUAUAAGCAGUGACUGCUAUGCUGACCUUAUCAAACAGUCUAACUCGAUUCUUACAUCGCGGCGGCUUAAAAUGUUUGAGUCUGCUAAUAAUGAAAAAACCAGACGUAUGUAUGUUCUAUUACUACUUCAAACCGUGUCGUUCAUAAGCGAGGUAGAAACAACCGUACCCACUGCACAGAUAGCCAAAAGUUUCUACUUUCUUCUAAGGUCUCUCUUUCCAAAGAAGACACUCUUCCGAAAAAUAGUCCUUACAGACGCAGACCUUCAGGAAAGAGCACUAACAAUCAAGUACUUCAAGCUAUUUAUGACCAAGUGUCAAGACAAAGAAAAUUUAUUUCACUCCCUACUGAGAAGAACUUUUCAAAAAGAGGUGGGGAUAGGAACAUCUACAGUUCCUGCCGACUUAAAGCUGCUUAUUUCAAAAGAGCUAGAAUCAACAAUUAUGCAUCUAGAAAAGUGUUCGUCUUUAGGGCUGCUUGAAGUUUUGCUGGAAAUAGCAUCUUCUCCGAAUUUGCAGUUCCGUGAGUACAUAAACAGCACUCUGGAAUUAAUGGUUGAAAAGGGUAUUCUUGAAAAAAGGUCGCAGUUUGAAGAGCAUAAAAGAAUUAGCCUCUUUGCGAAAAUAAGAACCCAGGCCAUACAGCAUGGCGGGCUCUAUGUGUCUCUCCUAAAAAAGUCAAUUUAUACGAUAAACAAAUCUGAAAUAAAGAUAGUUGCUGGUGUAUUUGCGAUACUGAACGAAGUCUCUGGCUUGGAGGAGUGUAGCAAGUAUGUAGAUGUCACAGGAACACAUUACAAUAUAGAAGAGGACAACAAAUUAUGUAAAAGAGAAAGCAGUGUACAAGGAAGCAGUGUUAGAUCUAGUAUGACAUUUGGGGGAGUCCGUAAGAGUUCAAUUCGGCUUUUUGAAAUGUUUAAGAAAUUGAAUAAAUAACCAUUUCCUCUGCAUGCCUCCUAGGUCUUUUACAUAUUCCA